UUUCUCACCUACGCCAUCUUUUAGUCGUUGGUAUCCAGCCUCUGAUCUUCCACCUUCCUAACGCUCUACCCCCAUCCAUAGUCUGUGAACAUUCAAUCAUCAGUCACCAAGAAAUCUCGUCUACCGUCAUUAUGGGUUGGUUCGACGAUAACCGUGAUGCCCACGAACAAGUCUAUGGCGGGGGUGAGCACGAAGCAAAGUUCUCUCACGAGCUUAUCGGCGGUGCAGCCGCUUUCGAGGGCAUGAAACUUUUUGAGGAUCGUCAACGACGUGAAGGCAAGGUAGUCUCUCACGGCUUUGCUAAGGAGUUGUUGGCAGGAUUCGUCGGUGCCGAGGUGGACAAGUUGGCCGAGACCAAGGGUUUGGAUGAGUAUGAUCGUAUCGAGGCCAAGAGACACGCCGAAAGACGUGCACACGAAGCAUAUGACGAACAUUAUCGUGAUGCCGAUCAGUACGACCCACAGCAGUACCAGCAACCAAACUUCAAUUACUAGAGAGAAGAGUGGUGUACUGUCUUGGGGAUAUCGGCUUACCGAAACUGCUCCUAGGCCCACGGUGGACGCACCAGGGCCUGAAGGCAACAUUGUAGACUCACAUAUGUGACCUGGAGUUGUAACCCAGACAUGCGUAGCUUGAUAGUCACCCAGCAUGCAAGACCACAACUCACGAAGUUCUCCUCCA